ACCCCAUUUUGCCCGCUGAGCGACCACCAAGUGAGAGGAAACAUGCAUUUUAACUUCACUCCAUCCAUUAUUGAUCCCGCGUUAUCGCACUACCGCAUAAGCAUGAGCAUAAGCAUGAGCAUAAGCAUGCGGGCGCAUUCGUAAACGAUUUUGCUUUGCUUGCGAGAGGCCCGCCAGAACAUGUCUCCACUGCCAGCCGGUCCCGCCUGCUUACGACUCAUGCCAAGUCCAUGAUACCGAUACCUCGCGCCCUAUCAACGGCAAUCGCUUAUUAGCGAUACAACCACAAUGCCUCGCCCCAAGAAGCCUGGAGCGCCUGAGCCCAAACGGCGAAGUCGAAACGGUUGCUGGCCAUGCAAAAAUCGCAAGAUCAAAUGUGGCGAAGAGCAUCCAUCAUGCCUCAAUUGUCAGAGAGCUGGGGAGGCUUGCGAUUACAGCAUUCGCUUGAACUGGGAAGGUCGAAAGGGGAAACGGCCCGAGCCAGCAACCAUUGAUUUCGUGUCAGAUGCCCCAUCGUCAACAGUCCCGAGCAGAGGCUUUCAGCUAGUCCAUCAGUUCCAACCCGGGUCGAAGCUGGCAGCAGGCCGUAAGUUGGAACCGCUGGGACCGAUGAAGGAAUCCUCAAAAUCCGAAGGGAUCUCCUCUGUCUCCACUUCUGCCCCCGUUGAAGCCGGAAGCUCGACGGCUGAUAGUCCAUCUGAUUCAUUUCAACGUCCUAGCAAACGCUUCAAGGUCAGCACAGCGUCGAGCACUGCAGGUUCAUCAGAGAAGCGGCCUGUUUCGUCUCCUGCAUCGACGGUAGACUCGGGGGCAUCUGUCUACAGGUUUGCUGGGUCUGUCGUUUCGUCAAUACCGUCGCCACUGACACCAGCUGCUUCGUCGACGUACAGCGAUGAAGAUGGACGUCAAGUGUGCAUAUCGGACCCACAAUCGACGCUAACCCCCGAACUCAGGAGACUGUCGGUUCAUUCCCUCCUCUCGGGACCCCCUGGCCCACGAGCCUCAUUAGAGGACUGUACAAGCCAGUCAUACUAUCCCUCUGCGAGUAUAGACACGCACAUAUCAUACUCUACAGAGCCGCAGUACUACGGCAUGGACCGCGGCCUACCCGAUCUGGAUCUUGGCAAGAAUGACGACGAGAAUGCAAUCAGCACCGUUACUUCCCCUUUCGCAACCUGCGAUCGCCUGGACACGCCACUUGACUACUUCGACGAUGAUCUAUUUUCUGCCGAGUUCGCCUUUGGCCUCGAGACGUACGAUACGACCCUAGACACGGGAGGUUACUACGACAAGCCCGUUCCGAUCUACAUCCCGCACUACCUUCAACCGCUGCCACCCAAACUUCUUCAUAACCCUAUGAACCUACUGUACUUUCAUCACUUCAUAAAUCACACUGCAAGUUGUCUCGUACCAUAUGACGACCCGCAUGCGAAUCCAUUUAGAAUAACCCUCCCUGAGAUGGCCGUCAAGAACGAGAAUCUUCUUGCUCUAAUCCUGGCAUACUCUGCGUCACAUCGAGCUCGAGUCUUGAAACAAAAAGAACCAGAGCUGCGAAUAGCCAGCUGGGUUACCGAUAUCUUCCCUGCGUUGCGCCAGGCGCUUUCCGAUCCGAAGAAGAACUUCUCUAACGCCAACCUUGCCACCGUAAUCAUGCUUGUCUCGCUCGAGAUUGCUUCACCAAAAGCAUUCGGGUACGGCAUUCCGUGGCAGAAACAUCUCAACCUGGCCAAGGAACUCAUCACUGCGCGCCCAGGGGGCUUGCACUACGAGACCAACUUUCGACAAAAUCAAGCAUGCUCGUUCUUGUGGAGCUGGGCAGCAUAUCUUGAUGUCAUUGGUAGUCUAAGUGGUGGACUGAAAGACUCAUCUACCGCUUGGAUGUUCGACUACGAGAUCGAGGACAUGAAUGACGGGUUUGAUGAGAUCGAUUGCAUAAUGGGAUUUACCACCCGGUGCAUAUACCUUCUUGCGAAGAUUGCCGACCUUGCGCGACAGUGUGCUACAGAGCGGCUCGGCGCAGACAACAUUGUACGGACAGAUUGGAAGCCCAACGCAGAGGUCGCCGAGCAGGCUCUCAAGCUUGAGGAGGGCAUCAUCGACAGCAUGAAUCAGCCGCCGCGGCCAUGCAAACAUAUUCAUAUGAAAGGCAAUUUGGAGAAAUGGGGCAGGGUGGAAUUGACAGCUACAAAUGAAGCCUUCCACUGGGCCGCCCUAGUCCAUCUUUACCGGAGGAUUCUAGGGAGACCGUCUGAAGACAAAGGUGUUCAACACGCCGUGAGGAUGAUCAUCGCGUGUUUUGACAGGAUUCGACGAGGUGGAACGGCCGAGGCUUGCUUGCUUUUCCCCAUGUUCACCGCGGGUUGUGAUGCUAAGGAAGAAAGGCAACGAGCUCUCAUUUUGGAGAGGUUUGCCGCGGGAGAGAUGCAUGGAAUGACAACGAUACAUAGAUCACGUCGAUUGAUGGAGAAGGUAUGGGAAACUGGGCAGCCCUGGGAGACAGUGUUGAGUACGGAGUUCAUCGGUUAACCCGGCGGGAAGGAAAGAUGGGAGGCCCGGCGUACAAGAAUCAGCGCAAGCUUUGCUUUCCCUACACUCGGCUUCUGACCAAUUGCGGAAUAUCUGCUUAUGAUCUUAUUUAUGACUUUUUCAAGACACUGUCUCAUUAUAAAUGGGAAUAUGGGAGGAUUGACUCGAAUAGAUGCUAUUAUGGAAAUGACCACGCGAGGCUUGUCGUAAACAAAACCGGCCCCGCUUUCUGGCCCAGCAAGGUAUUAUAUGUACUUGCAGAAGUGUCUAACAAUAGAAAACGUUCAGGUCUUGA